AGCAGCAGACGUUCUGUCCAAUACGAACAAUGCACAGCUACAAGACGGUCAAGGUCAUGAAAUAGAAAGCAAUACAGAGGUUAUUACAAGUGAUAUCCAAGACACGCCAGCACAACACCUAGAAAUAACACCGAGGCCAAGAAACAUGGAGUCGGAAAUUCCCACUGAAAUCCUUACACCGAAAAAUUUCGAUACAAUCAGUGAUUCUAGUCUUGAGACUCAAAGACCUGACGCCAUUUUAUUGGCACGACCCCCGGAUGAAAACUCCCCCUCUGAAAAUAAUGGUCACAGGUGCGCAACAGGCCGGGCUGAGCCAGAUUUAAAGUCCUUAAUGCCAAGCCUUCAGGACCCAGACGGAAAGGAAUGUGCCGAAGCAGGCGGUCCCAUCUCCAAUAACGCCGCGAACAACGAUCUGGCCACGGAAACAACAGCAGAAGAAAAAGAAACCCUGGGAAACAACAACGAGAAAGAAAGUGCGUCGUCAUCUGGUGGUGAAAACAUUAUCAAUUUCAGUCCUUCAAUAGAAACAAUUCGCGACUCUUCCAGUAACGAACAAUCGCCAAUUGAAAAGGAAUCUUCAACAUCUAAAGAUCUACCCCCUAACUCUACCACACCGGUUGACUCAGAAAGCGCAGACCAAUUGUCGGACCUGUGCGUAGUAGAGCUCGGGGAAGCCGCGGAUCUGGUAGUGGAUGAGGAAACGGCUUCGAACGACCGAGAUGACGCAAACGGAGAGGUAGAGCGACCACGGCGGCUGGAAGAAGGUGGGGUCACCGAGGACGUCGCGAUCGCUCCUGCCGCUCCUCCACCUAAUGAGCUGACGGGAAGGGGAGAGGGCAAAGGUGAACACAACACGCCGUCGGCACUCACAGACGAGAGGGAUAAGAGCGGGCCGAAGCGAGCCGGAAGACUCAAGGGGAGGAAAAGAGGAGGCGUUGAAGGAAAACAUAAGAAGUCUAUGACGAGGGUUCGGGAUAAAGCGGAGAGCUCGGCCACCAGUGAAGCGAGGAUCGCUCACGAGUUUCCGCGCCACAACUGGUUGAUGAAGCACCUAAUGGCAGAGCAGCAGCUGGUCACGAACCGGAAGGACCCUGAGAGUCGCAAGUCGCCGACUGCUUCCGAGAAGGACCAAGCUGAUCCCAACGGAGAACAGUGUAAACAAGAAGAAGAAGAAGAAAAGACGCCUGGUGAAGUUGAUGGAACAGUCGUUGUGAAGGACAAGAGAAGAAGUAAACAACAAGGGAAGUUGUCCCGAGAUUCGUCCCUAGAAAGCUUCACUUCCCUCGACACCCUGUCGUCAACGGACAAACUUGAAGGCGAGAACGACAACGUCUUUCGCGGUCCGGUCUCUCCAACUACCACCGAGGAAACAGGACAACAGGAGGUUUCCCAGCCAAAAAGUCAUUCCCCGAAACUCUCUAUCGCUGAAAAAUCAACCGAAGAUUCUGAGACUGUUGAUGACCGUAGAGGUAGCAGUGACAAGGGUCUGUCUACUGAAGAAAGCGCGGCCGUGAAUUCAUCUGACACCCAGGCAGAAGCCCCGCAAACUUCGGCAAGGCAGUCGCAAGAAGAGCCUCUCAACCUAAGCUUGAAAGCGGCGAGGUUCGUUGAUUUUUACAACAGCAUCGGGUCCAAGAAUAUCGCGAAGGCAGCGGCAGAGGGUGGGGAGGUCGAAGCAGGUGCUUCUACCGCCUCCGAGCACGUCAACGACGGGGCAGAAUCUCCUGCUGACCGCGGUGUUUGCACUGAACCUCCCGCGGUUCCGUCAGCAACACUAGACGCUGGUUUAAAGAAAGAAGACCUGCCAAUUUCCUCUAAGGAUGAGUGUGCUUCUACAGAACAGUCAUCACCAAUCCCUGCUGCCAGUCAAUCAGGAUCCUACACGCCUAUAACAGUCACGGUACAUACGGCAGUACCGAAGGCUAACAUCACUCCACCACAAGCUUCAGACCCUGCUAAAUCAUCACCAGAGACCCAGCCACCACAAGUUCCAGCUAUGGGGAACGUACAGGACAGACCAAUGUCAAGGAAUAAUACUUCGAUGUUCUCGUUUGAAGACGUCCCGAAGGAUCAAAGAGCUCCCCGACAAGACGGUCACCAUCAAGGAGCCGCGCCGAAGCGCCCCGCCUCGCCGACCGUCCGCUGCCCACCGCGGAAGAGAUCCACUGUAGACAGCGGCGUGGUCUGCCUGAGCCCCUAUUCUCCUGUCUCACCAUCAGACAAAACGACCUCUCCAGCUGCCGCAGCCACGAAGCUUUACGAGGAGACCGUACCCAAAAGGCGGGGCAAGACAGCCUCCCUGCCCGAGACAGCAACAGCGUCAGCACCGUACCAGUUCGCAGUGCCUUCACAGCAAGCCGUUUUGCCAUCCAAGAAAUCGCAGGCUCUGAGGAGCUCCUCCUCGGGAGGACAAGAACGUCCCUCGGUGAUCUCCGUGGUGCCCGUCACGCCGCCUCUUCCGCCGCGGCCCUCCGCGCCACCGCCGCCGCCUCACGACACACCGUACCGCGGCGACCACAGCGUCACCGCCGCCCUACUGGCCCGACUGGAAGUCAUGACCAAAAACAAAGUCAACAUCGAGAGAGAACUCGUCAACCAAGAACUGUUGUUGACAGAACUGCGCAAGAGGUCUCUGGAGGACAAGAGCGGUUUGCUCAGGAAGCAGUCCCAAGAGAAGGAAGCUCUGUUGUUUCACAUGAGGAUGACGUACAAUAAACUGUGUGAAGAUAUAGACUACUUGAUGAGGUCGGGCCCUACUAAGUUUGCUGAUGGUCAGAAGUCGACCCAUUCAACGGCACCGAAUUCUACAGCACCAAAUUCUAUUGGGCCGUCCAGUCAGGCUAUCCCCAUCCACCGGGCACAGAGCGACAGUGCAAUCACUCUUCAGGCCGGCGGGAAGAUCGGCGGAGAGACCGGCAAUAGAUGGCGGGAAACAGCGUCCAACGAACGCCGGAGUUCCGACGGAGAGAACUCGUCAGACGUUCAAAUCAUCGGGCAGAAGGGACCAACCAUGUCGAGCUCGUUGCAAGAUUUCCGUCACGUGAACCCACACGUGAAUCCACCACCAUAUUUGGAUCCUCGCUACGUCACGGACCCGCGGCAGGCUGCUCUCAUGUACGCUAACACCACCGCCGGGCAGCAGUACCCAGCCAUAAGUACGGUGGCCCAAAACCACAUUAGCCCUAGAUCUGUAGCAGCCCCGCGGUUCUCUCCUUACGCACAGGCACAGAGCGACCUGGCCGCCGCCACAGCUGCAGAGAGGCGCAGGCAGGCACACAUGGACGUCAAACGUGCCAAACAGAUUUUAAACGAACACAAAUCUUUCGUUGAGAAAUACAGCAGGCCCCCGGGACCUGGAGAAUUAGCCGGGAACCCUCAUAACAUCACAACCGGCAGCGAGGUUCAGCUGAACCCGCCGGUGAACACUGCUAUCCCACAGGCAUCCGUGCAGGGAGGCGUACCCACUAGUACUGUCCACCCCUACCCUCAUGGUGGUGUUCCUAUCCACCCGGCUGUCACCAUGGCACAGGUUAUACCCAUCCUCCCAGGCGAUCCGUCCUUCGCUCCUCGGAGUACAGCAAUGGCGGCUCACAUGGUCGCCCCAGACCAGCGCCCGCUGCCCGCCAUGACACACCAAGGGAUGCCGCCAUUUUACUACAUCAGCCCGGGUAUGCCCGUCCCUGCAGGGUACCAACAGCAACCCAUCCCGGGACAGAGCCCUAGGGUGCUCAACCCCGUCACACAACAGCUCUUGUCCCCACCCCCUGGACAACAAACUCCUACCUCAACAACACCCAGUCAACUCAACAACUUGCGUGGAGUACACCACCGUCCGCCUAACGCCACCUCCAUCGUCAACAGCAAAGAACCUCCUCCCGCUGCCCAGCACCAUCCGGUGUUGCUGCCUGGUAAACCGUCCCCCGGGCAGAUGUGUCAUCACCAGCAGCUGCAGCAGUACGGCUGGCCCGGUCAGCUCCCUACAAACUCUGCCGAGAUGAACGCGGCGUACUUUGCAGCCCACGCCGCACAGCAUGCUGCCGUCCAGAGCAGGGCUGAGGCCGCCAUGAAGCGUGGUGGUUCGUCGGUGAAGGACCACCUCCAAAGACCCAACGUCGUCGCCUUACCGGAGAUGCAGCAGGCUGCCUACUUAUCCAAGCACUUCAAACCCUUCUCAGUCACAGGUCCUCCAGAAAACAGCAUCAUGCAUCCCUCAAAAACACACCCAGUGCACCUACAACAAGCACGGACCCAACCCAAGGACCUCAUCACAAGGGUGGGGCAGCAGACAGCGCGAGAAGCUGCGUAUCUACAAGAUAUCCAGGGCUACCUCGCCAACCACCAACCAGCUUCAGUCUUCCGAGGGAAUCCGAUGAUGAGGGGACCAGGCGUUGUGGAGAACGGACAGGGCAGUCCGGGGACAAUGGUCGGUCCUCCCAGAAGGGACACCGGCGGUGGGGUCGUCAGCAUAGCGGAUGACGAGUACCACAGCUGCGUGGUCUGCAACAAAGAAGCCACGUUCCUCUGCUCGGGGUGCAGGAAGGCCUGGUACUGUAGCCCUACUUGUCAGGUACAAGCUUGGGAGAAGCACAGCGAGGAUUGCCUGUGACGUUGCCGACAAAGGCUCAUGGGAAUUUCCGCAUGGAAUGCUGACAUGAACACAAGAAAUGAUGACGUUCCACCGAGAAACGCUGUUUUGAUGGGCUGCCAUGUGAGAUGUUGCUUGGAUUAGAGACUUGGUUCUUUUCUUUUAGUCUUAACAAUUCUUAUCAACUAUAAAUGCCUGUAGACGUACAUGUACAUGUAUUUCAUUUUAGUCAAUCCUGUCCCAAAAAAAUUGAUACCUAGAUCUACAUUGUUAAAUUUUGUAUUUUGUUAAGUUAGCAACAAUCUCAUUAUGCCGGACCAGGUAGACUUAAUCAUUCAUUGGCAAUGAUUUGAAUUCUUCGUCAGAAAAAAUGUUGGAACCACUGUUAUGUUCGUGUAUUUGUGGGGGCACUAUUCUAUAUGCUAAUUUGAGUGUCACAUCGGCACAAUACGUUUGUUGAAUCGACCUGGAAAAGCCGUAACUUGCCAUUGCCAUCUGUUUGCCAUGGAAUUUUGCUCCAUCGUUUGCUAUUUGAUAAGUGUGUUCUGGGUAUUAACUACACACGAGACACGUACUCACGGGAAGAGACGAUGAAAUCUCGCGAUAGUUUGAAAUCUCGCGAUGAUUUGAAAUCUCGCGAUGGUUUGAAAUCUCGCGAGAAGUCCGACCUGCUCUGCCAUUGUGCUCUGGGAACGAGGUCCAAUUUUAGGACUGCUGUCUUUGUGAUACUAUGAUACAACAAAUCUUAGCAUUAUUAACUGAUUAUUCUUAAUGUUAGAAAGAUUUUAUGGUCGUACUUUGAUGUGUGAUUAUAUUAUGUAGUCGGGAGUAGUAUAAAUGUUGCUAAAUAUUUGAAUAUUCUCUUGCAUAGACGUUAGAAUUAGCCAAAGUGUGAUCAGUUUCGUUUUGUUACGUGAUUUUUGGCAAUACCGUCCAAGACGGAAGGCUUGUUUGGUGAUAUGUGAUAGCUGUUGAUGAAUUUGGUAUUUUUUACUGAUUGAGACUAGUGGUGGUUAAAGAGAUAUUCCCUCUCUUGCACACUGGCAAGUGUUUUUGCCAACGCCAUACGAAGGGAAGGUAUAUGAAGUAAUGGUUCUAUAUUAAGCCUGAUAGUACAAUGAAAGCAUGAAGAUACAACCGAUGCCAUAUUUUCUUAAGACACUAGCAUCUUAAAGAAGUAAAUGUCAAGUGUCGUGUCUGUAGACAGACGCUACAAGGUGGUCAUCACAAGACUAAAGUGUCUCGGAAAGAUGUGCCUUACAAGCAUGCGUUGAGUGAUCUCAAGAAAAGAAAGCACUGAGAAACCAGAAGAGCAUUGCCCUUCUCCAAACAUUUCCCGGAAACGUUCAGCCGAAGGACUUUUUCAAGACAUCUUGAGGACGAAAAUUAAAAAUCAACCUUUUAGUGACGAUUUUCACUCUGCUUUGGAGUCGCACUUAGCCUUUUCGGGCUGGGUAUGAGUAGGGCAUGUAUUGGCUGCAUUAAGAAGUUAGUAAUGUUAGAGUAAAGGUUAAGAACAUGUGAUACAAAAAGUCAAGACAAUACAAUGCGUAAGGACAUGUCUUGACUUUUAAUCACAGACAAAAGUGUGGAUCUUGCCUCUAAUAUAAUGACGUAUUUUGAAAAAUAACGAUUCUGCCAUGUCACCGUUUCUGCCUUUCAGAAAAAAAAGAUGUUAUUUCGACCCCCUAAAGGCAUUUGUACGAGUCUAAAGGGUAGUAGCUUUCUAUAUUUUUCAUUGCCACGGUAUUUGAUACACAGGCAAUAAUAAUAAAAACUAUCAUAAAUAUAACUUAUUUGAAUGUGUAAAAAAAAUUGAUAUGAGCAGUCAAUAUUUUGUGUAUGGUUAAAAGCUUUGUUAUACGAUGUUCGCUUGUAAGAUGUUUAUGUAAGUGAAUAUUU